AUGCUCGUCUCGCUCUCCAACGCGCUGACGACCAGCCUCGUCGUCGCCUCGCUCGCUUCGACCUGCGCCGGCCAGCGAUGGGGCAUUCCUGCCAUUCCGGGAUUGCAAAUCAGGGCCGUCGGUAACGCCACAACCAAGGGCUCUAAAUCGACUACCGUCGCCACCCAAGUGACCGACGAAUCUGACGCCGAUGCCGAAGUUGAGACUUCGACCACAACCACUCGGCAAAAAGUCGCCACGACCUCGGCUUUCAAGUCGAUCCGUUUUGCUCGCCCCUUCGGCAACCCAACUGGAUCGGUCACCAAUCCCACCACUGUAGCAGCAAUUGCAUCUUCGGCCGCAGCAGCAACUGCGAGCUACUCCCGUGCCGCCGCCGCCGCUACCACCAGCUCUGCGAGCUCGGGAACAGGAGGCACGGCCUCGAAGAAUGUCGGCAGCUCCAUCAUCAUCGACUACACAGCAUCACUCAGCACGCCCGCAAACACCACCAUCAUUUCGGCCAACAUCGCCACCAAUAACAUCACCGGUUUCAACGCUGCCACUUUGGGCAACAACACGGGAGCGAUCGCGUCUUGGUUCCGAACCAACAACUCGGCCGAUUUCACCAACGGCCAUUCUUGGUGCUACAACAUCUACAACGACACCAUGCCUGGCUUUGCGUGAGUAUUAUUGGUGUCUGAAUAUGAAUACCCAGCGCUGGUGGGAUCAGAAACUGUGUCCAUGAAGCAUGUCACGAGGACCGAUCACAUGCUGGAUAUUUUUCGCUCAUUUUCCAAAACCGAUUAUGGCCCUGGCUUCGCUUUUUCUCACAACGCAGCCCCUCAUUUAAGACUAUGACUACUAACUACGGAGGAGAUGCCAUCAAGGCCGGUGAAGCUUGUAAGUGCCUUCAAUGCGUUCUGAUCAAAAACGCCUUCCCCCGCGCGCUGUUGAUUGCGGACUCUGACCCCUAUCCUUAUCGGCGUCCUCGGACCCUAGACUGCGGGCUUGAAGCCAUCUUCUACUUGCCCAGUGGUAAAAACGUGACCCUUUACGUCGUUGAUGCCUUCGAUGACACGUGGGUCAAAACCCCGAGCUCAAUGUAAGCCCCGCUACACGUGCACGCUCGAGGAUCUUCAGAUGCUGAUGAGACUUGACUGCCUUGCGCUGGUACACAGUGACGUUGUCGUGGGCGCGUACCAGAACGAGAUGAUUGGACGCGCGGUCACGAGCAAGAACGAUGUCCUUACCGACGUAACGUGGCAUUUCACCGGAAAUCGAAGCACAGAGUUAGUCACCGAGAUCCAUCUCACCGCCGGCCGGGCAGUUCGGGCCGCAACUCCAGCCGCUGCGACGGAUAAUUAA